ACACCGUUUCUUUCAGUAUUAAACACACACACACACACAGAAAAAAAAGAGAAUAAAAAUCAGAGAGAAAGAAAUCUGAGAGCUGCCACCGCCACCGACACCGUCAGCCGCCGGAAUCGCUACCAGUGCUAGAAGACCCCUUCACAUGGACUUGGAGUUGGUGUCAUCACUGCAGUGCUAUCAUGUUUGACAAUUUGUAGCUGUUGCAUGACCAUUCGAUAGGGUCAUCAAGGUUAAUUGAAUGGUUUCUUCUACAAGCAGCUACGUGACUUUGGCCUUGCCAGGUGGAAGACAAUCAAUGACCCUGUGCAUACAUUGAUACUUGACACAUUAGGGAGUUGGGAGCAGGAACAGAAGUAGGCAGGGGAAAGGUGUACUGUGCCUGUAUCAAGAAUCAAAUCAAAUGGGUUCUUGCUAUUCGUCGAUUUCAGUAAAGAGUAUGGAUACAGUGGAAGUGGUGAACUCUUCCUGUACGUGUGCUUCCACUACAUCCAAUUCAAGUUCCCCUAAUUAUAAUAAUAAUGAGAAUAAGAUGGAGAACAAGAAAAAUAAGAAGAGAAAUAAGAGGCGGUGGAAAAAGACAUUAGCUUCGGCUAGUGAUGAAGGUGAGCUGAUGGGUCCUGAGCAGAGUGGGAAGAUGGUAAUGAACGGUGCCACCAAAAUCGCUUGCUUAUAUACCCAGCAGGGUAAAAAAGGAACCAAUCAGGAUGCCAUGCUUAUUUGGGAGAAUUUCAGUUCAAGAAGUGAUACAAUAUUUUGUGGGGUAUUUGAUGGACAUGGUCCUUACGGCCAUGUGGUUGCGAAGAAAGUCCGUGAUUCUCUUCCAGAUAUACUAUGUACUCAAUGGAAAGCUAAAUCUAUUGGUGACUUGAGCAACAUUGAAAAUGGUAGCGGAAACAUGAAUACAGAGGAAACAUCAUCUCCAACUCCAAGCAUGGAUGAUGAAAGCUAUGAGACAAUGGAGGUUGAGACUAAUGAGAAAGAAAAACACCCUGAAAUGUUUCUGCCUCUUAAACGCUCUAUCUUGAAGGCUUUCAAGCUUAUGGAUAAGGAACUAAAGUUGCAUCCCACAAUAGAUUGCUUUUGCAGUGGAACGACAGCAGUCACUUUGGUAAAGCAGGGUCAGAAUAUUGUAAUUGGAAAUGUGGGAGACUCAAGAGCUGUGCUGGCAACAAGAGACAAAGAUAGUUCUUUGAUUGCUAUACAAUUGACUGUGGAUUUGAAACCCGAUCUACCAGGGGAAGCUGCUAGGAUCCAGCGAUGCAAAGGAAGGGUCUUUGCUUUGCAGGAUGAGCCUGAAGUGGCACGAGUAUGGUUACCUAAUAAUGAUUCACCUGGUUUGGCAAUGGCUAGAGCUUUUGGGGAUUUUUGUCUGAAAGAUUUUGGUUUAAUAUCUGUCCCAAAUGUUUACUACCACCAUCUUACUGAAAGUGAUGCAUUUAUUAUUCUUGCCACAGAUGGGGUUUGGGAUGUCCUCUCAAAUAAAGAAGCUGUGGAUGUCGUGGCUUCAUCCCCUAGUCGAUCAACUGCAGCCAGAGCUCUUGUAGAUUGCGCAGUUCGGGCAUGGAGACUUAAAUAUCCUACUUCAAAAAAUGAUGAUUGUGCUGCUGUAUGCCUGUUUCUAGAACAUGUACCUGCAUCUGUUGAGGCUGUGGCAGACAAUGAUACCACAAAGGCUGCUCAAAAGACAAUGGAGCAGGUGGCAGUAAAAGAUGAGAUGGAUGGGCCUUUAGAAGUCAUUUGUUCUCAAAAUUUUGUUCUUGAGCAUUCAGGUACCAUACGAGGCUCUGACGAGAUUGUGCCUGUCUCUGAGUUAGUAGAAAAUCUUUCUGUGAAGUCCCAGGGCCAGUCUAAGAAGAGCCUAGCCGAGUGUAUUUCAACUGCAGAAGAUGAGGAGUGGUCCGCCUUAGAAGGUGUGACCCGGGUUAACAGUCUGCUAAGCCUUCCCAGGUUCCUGUCUGGUGAUAGAAGAUCAGCCAGUUGGAGAAAGUGGCUAUGAUACAUCUAAUAAGUGCUAAUCCUCGGCAAAAUGGAACUUUAAUGAUUUUCACAUCAAAAUUAAAUCCCACUUUUUCAAAAGAAUAAUAUCAAUGGCAGAGAGAAUAUGUAGGUUUCACUUUCACCCAACAGAUGCAGAAUGAUGCUACUUAGAGAAUUCCUAUAUAAGCCCCUGCGCCACCAUAUAUAAGGAGUUUUGAUUAAGUUUAGUGUAUUUUUCACCGUCGAAAAUGGCAUUGCAAAUUUUGUUGUGGAGUUCGUUCUAAGGUAUUAUUGUGGUUUGGUGAAAUCAAAUCUUACAUUUUAACUGUGUCUAGAGGAUUGCUUCAUAAAUAAACAAAGUCUUAAAAGACAUUCAACAAGGAAUUUAAUUCUCAGCUGGGGGAUGGUUGUAAAUUGUAAUGAUGUAAUGCUUUGCUGAAUGUGAUGAUGCAGGCAAGGUAACUGUUGACGUUGACAUUGACAUUUUUUUAAGACUGAAAUUUUUAUAAAAUGGUUUUUCUUCUUUCAGAU